AUGGAGCAUAUCGGAUCAAGGGAAAAGGCUACUGACAUGGAGGUCUUUUCAGACUAUGUGAUUCCUAGGACCAGACUACGAGCCCUUAUAUCACGGAUCCUUGGGAAGCAAGAACCGACACUUCGGCAUAUGCUCGCCAAUGCUACGAUCCGAUGGCUGUCAUCGACCCUCUCGAUACACCAAUUCAGAGCUAUCAGUUCUGGCCAAUGUGAUGCGAAUGCUCUACUGCAGAAAUGCCCGACUCUCCUCGAGGAGAAAGCCACGACCGAGACGAUCGUGGGAGACGACUAUAGGGGGCAUUACCUAGUCAAAUAUCCCAACCCGACACACAUCAUCUUCUAUGUGUACGGGGGCGGCUUCGUCAGCGGCUCGCCAGGAUCUGUGAUGCCGUAUCUGCUGCAGUUCAGCGUUGAACUCCAAGCCAGGGGCUUCAAAGCUGACAUGUUCGUCGCCGAGUAUGACCUUGCCCCAGAGUAUCCCUACCCAGGUGCUCUGAGACAAGUCGUCUCAGCAUAUAGACACAUUGCCAGUCGGAAUAUUCCCAUCGUUCUGGCUGGUGACUCGGCUGGUGGUAAUCUCUGUCUUGGACUUCUUCGACACUUGGUCAAGCCCCAUCCAAGCAUUCCACCAAUUAUGCAGACCCAAGGAGAAACUGGACGUGUCAUGGCAACUUGCCUGAAUAGUCCGUGGGUCAAUCUGCGAAACAAUGGGGAAUCAUAUCGGCAGAAUGCAAGCCAGGAUUGCCUUGACAAGGGCGCUCUUGACCGUUGGAGGAAGGCAUAUCUAGAUGGGAAGCCCUUGGACGAGUAUGCAAACCCCAUCGAUUGCUUAGAUGGUUGGUCAGAGAUUUUGCCCAAGGACACACUCUUGGUAUCCGGCGGACUAGAGCUUUUUAUAGCUGAUAUACGAAACCUGGCUCAGAACGUCCGCAAGUUAAGUCUACCCCCCGACACUUUGAUGACUCUAAAACUGAUUAUCAUAGUAGAGCGGGUACAAUAA